CAUGCGUGCAAUACUUAUUACUCAUUGUGACGUUGACUUGAUCUACACAUGUUAGACUCGGUGUCAUUGCUUUGUAGCAUCACUGGUUCAGUUGUGUAUCCUCAUCAGUGCAGGUCGAUACAAGCAACCAAGGUCUCCAUAUCUCGUAUCGUCACGGUCCGAAUCAUGACGCAGGGAGACCAGCAACAGCAUCCCAGCGGGACGACCACCGCAGCCUGCUCUUCGUGUCCCAAAGACGUCGCCGACUCGACCUCCGAGAGCAGGGGGAUCAGUCCACCAGUAGAGACCGUCUCAUCAUCAGGGAUGGACGGGCACCAUCCACACCACUACCACCACCCUCAUUAUCACAAGGAGCACACAGCACCAACAUCAGAUGGAGAUGUGAAAACGCUUCUUCAUUUUGUCAAUCUUGCCUCGUCAGAUAUCAAGGCUGCACUGGAUAAGUCAGCACCCAUCAGAAAAUCUUCAGAGAAUCGGAAGUUUUUACAGAAACAGCUCAAGCGCAGCCCACCGCCUUUUUUCAACGAGGACGAAAUUUACAAGAGCAGUAGUGCACCAGUGUCUCCCCCUGUUGUUACACACGACAACCAUGGCUUCAGUGCACAGAGAUUCAUCUCAAAUCUGAACUCAUCUCCUCCCUCCACCAACCAUCAGAGUAGCAGCAGUCUUCACUUCUCGGAAAGAUUAAUGGCAAGUGCAUCCCUUCAUAGAGAUCAUAUCAAAAACUCGGAUUUGAACUUGAUCAAGGAACUCACUUUUGGAAAUAUCCACAGGGGUACGGAUCAGAUCUUGAGCAAAAUGACAUCGAAUAGUUAUCGGGACAAGCAGCACAUCUCGUCCGGUCGUGAGUUCACAGAUAUGGCGACUUUAAAUCACGAGGAAGGGGGCAAGAACAGAGAGAAUCCGCUGCCGCUCCGGAAGCGCAGAUUGCCCGCUUCAUUUUGGCAAGAGCCCGGUAAGAGCGAGAAUCACAAAACAACACCCGGGGCAAUGGCUGGAAUUUCACCGAUAAACGCAAGUCUGAAAUUUCCCCUCCUUUCAUCUCUUACCCAGGGCUUCACGGACUCUAGACCCACAUCUCUGGAUAAAAAUGCAAUUUAUCCAUCGAGUGAUCACCAGUGUUUUCCCGCCGGACAAUCGUUUAUGCCCUCUCUUUCAAACUCUCUAAACACUGAGAGUUACCUCAAUCGUACUCUUAACUUUCCCUAUUCCUCUAUUUGCUCGUGCCACCAGCAUACUGAACUGUAUGGCUACGACCACCACGGGCCGGCUUGUGCCACUUACGCAUCUAGACACGGUGGUGAUGCACCGGGGAUUUUCAGCUCAAUUGGCCCCACCGGGCUCAUCUCGUCAUCACGGUGGCACGUUCCCUCACUCACGACCGACCGGCCGGACCUUUGCCACCCGUCGGCCGCCCCACGUGUCGUCAAGCCCAUUCCCACCAAGAGCAUAUCCUCGUAUCCACAUCGUUAUCACCCAAUAUACACUUAAAAAUUGCUCUCCAAUAACCCACAUUUUUGUCAAUAAAAAAUUUCACCUCAUCAAAAGCACAUCAUCCCAUUUGGAAACCCCGACUGUCAUUGUUCAUGCCAUAAAUUGAUGGCAUUCCUACCACGGGAGUUUGACAUUUUCCCAGUGUUCUCACCCGCUGUGAUGAUAGCAUCCACUAGUGCGGUGGAAUGCAACCCUGAGAUGGCUGUAUUCGCCUCAUCGGAUAGCUGAAACUCUUUGGGAAAAAUCAGGCUACAGCCCCUGAGGUCCUAGGGACCACUGCGUGCAGUGCGCCAAGGAGAUUGACGGUUAGAGGCAAGUGUUCUGGUGUCCAUAACGGCCGUCAGGCACGCGUCUUGCCACGGGGGAGUAAUUACAGACAUGGGCGAACAAGCAAAACGCGUGUACUGAAAUGUGUAUGAAUUUCCAUAUGUAAAGGGUACAUUACAUACGUACCCUCGAUGGGGUAAACUGACGGCUAUGAGUGUUAUGUUACUGACACAAAAUACCAAUGAAAUUAAGUGCUAGCGCCAACGUCUAUGUGCGCACUUCUUUUUUGAACCAAUUGCCAUCUUUACACAUGGAACUGUGAUCUUUAAAACAUUAACCGAAUUUUAUUUCCGAUAUUUGUACCAUAUAUGCCGUUUUAUCGUGACACACAUCCAUAUGAUUUGGGCAUUCUGCAACUGUUUUGUUUGCUGCAUUUUCACAAUAGGCUCUACUCUUUUGAUUGUUAAACUAAUUAUUGUCUAAAAAUGGUGUUUAACUUUGGUGCUAAUUACUUACUUUAAAAUACUACAUUAUGAAAACAACGGUGUUCGUAGAGAUGCUCGUCAUCUAGAAGUGGGCAUGUUAAUGUUCAUAAUAUACCACUUGGAUUUUUCAGAAUGUCUUAUAUCAUUAACAAUGUUCUCUUUCAAAGGUUUCAUCUCACUUCGAUUGCCACUAUUGUACAGAGUGACCCAAGAUGUGACAGUAGCUUUAGUUUUUAAAAUACAAACAACUGCAAAAUGUACUCAUGAUGCAGCUUUAUGCAAUUGGAAAAACACAAGUACAUAAUUCGGUGUUAAGCAGUGCCAUGUAAUUCGACAAUCUUCCGAAUUCGAAGAACAGGCUAUCAAAUUUGAACUUGCCGAAAUCAUAAAUUCGUUUCCCAUAAUCCUCCAGAAGCUUCCAGAGGUGGCAUGAAUAUCUCAAACCUAAAGCAUUAUCUAUAAAAAAUUUUACCACAGUAUUCUUUAUGUGAAGUUUCAUUCUUUGUGAAUUUGAACCCUCUGAUAAUUUAUCGCACCAAGUGCUUUUGAAACUGAUCAUAAACGUGUUAUUUAAAAUACCUAUUGUUUAAUUAUUAUAGUCGCGCCCUUUGUUAAUAGGGCUUGUAUUACACAAAGGAGAGUUUUUAAAUCCCGUGUCUUUCCUCACAAGGUGCAAGAUAAGUUUGCAAUAUAUUCCAGGAGUACGGUAGUUCGUCAGAAAGUAGGCCUUUUGCCUACCUACUAGAUAAUUGUUUGAGUAGAUCAUAACACUUUUUGAAGCUGUUCAAUUAUUUUGGUUAAAUAAACAGGUAGCCAUGUUUAUUUACGCCAUUUUUAAAGACAGUGGACACUAUUGGUAAUUACUCAAAAUAAUUAUUAGCAUGAAACCUUACUUG